UUGAAUGCACAAAUAACACCCUGGCACAGAAGGGCUACAUGUGCGGCAGCUGUCCACCUGGACUAGUGGGAAAUGGAGAGACAUGUGAAGAUGUCAGUGAGUGUGAAACAGGUGAACACAACUGCAGCCAGGUGUGCAGGAAUAAAGCAGGUGGCUUCACCUGUCACUGCUUCCCGGGCUACCAGCUGGACCAGGACAACAACUGCAUCGACAUCAAUGAGUGUCUGGUGUAUAACGGUGGGUGUGAGCGGUCCUGCAUCAACACUCCUGGCAGCUUCCACUGUUCAUGUGGAGACGGGUACAGACUGGGACAGGACAAUGCAACAUGUGUAGAUUAUGACAAGUGCGAGUAUGUGAACACCUGCACACAGCGCUGCAUUAACCAGAUUGGCUACUACACCUGCGCGUGUGACGAAGGCUUCCACCUGCACACUGAUGGCAAAACAUGUCUGCCUGAUGUUCCCUGUUCUGAGGAGAACACCUGUAGCCUGGCACCUGCAGGUGUGUGUGGGCAGGUGGGAGGGCAGGACAGGUGCAGCUGCACCUCAGGAUACUCCCUUCACAUGGACCAGGCCACCUGCAUAGACAUUGAUGAGUGUGAAGAGGUGGAUGGUGUGACCUUGAACCAGUGUGAUGACCUUGCCAUGUGUGUGAACACCGAGGGUAACUACAGGUGCCACUGCAAGGGUGGAUACACCACUACUGAGGAUGGAAGGACUUGUGAGGAUGUGGAUGAGUGUGCUGCAGACAACGGGAGCUGUGAGCAGGAAUGCCACAACACCGUUGGCUCGUACUGGUGCUCCUGUCGCCAUGGUUACGAGAUCGGACCUGAUGGAUACUCCUGCAUUGACAAGGAUGAGUGUGUCCUGCCUGAAGACAACACCUGUUCCAGCCAGGCUGAGUGUAUCAACACGGUGGGUGGGUACACCUGCAGGUGUCUGCCUGGGUACGAAGGGGACGGACUUAUCUGUGCAGAUGUGGACGAAUGCUCAGUUGGAAAUGGUGGCUGUGCAGGCACCUGUGAGAACACCAUGGGCAGCCUGAGGUGCCACUGCCGACGUGGCAUGAAACUUGGCGCCAACGGACGGGACUGUAUCGACAUUGAUGAGUGCAGCCGACCAGACCUGAACGUUUGCAGAGGUGUGGCCCGAUGUGUCAACACCCUGGCCAGUUACUACUGCACCUGUCCUGAACAGUACGACUUGAUCAGGGGCAGACAGUGUACCAUUAAGAGUGGGUAUGAGUGCAUGUACCCCCAGAGAGCAGACUGUGACCAUGAGUGUGUGAAGAGGCCAGGCCAGGGCCCAGACUCCUGUAUGUGUCAUGAGGGGUACAAGCUGGUCAACGGGAAGGACUGUGUCGACAUCAACGAGUGUAACGUGACGUCCACCUCGCCUUGCGGUGAGAACUCGCGCUGUGUGAACACUCGGGGCAGCUUCAGGUGUGAGUGCUCCACCUCCUUCAAUAUCAAUGACAUCGACAACAUGGCCUGCACAGAGAACAAUGGACAUUGGGGUUCGUGGGGCCAGUACCACGUCUGUCAGAAGCACUGUGACUACUCCGCUAUGACCCGCCGCAGACACUGCAACAACCCCGCACCAUCAUUCAACGGUGCCCCAUGCAGGGGCUCUGGAACGCAGACGGUUUUGUGCGCCAAGUCCAACUGUGAAGUUGACUGGGAUGCUGAUGAAAAGUCUGUCCAUGUGACCUUUGAAUCCAUGUCUGCUCUGGAGUGGGUCCAGAAGGAGGAAGAGUUUCGGCGCCUGGUGGUGAACGCUGUGAACCAGUACUGUGAGAAGGCCUGGAACUUUGCUGCCUGCUGCCCUACAACUCCUAAUGGGACAAGGCCUGGAUCUGGUCAGCUGGUGUCAGGGUCACAGGUCAAGUUCGUCCCAGGAUUCCCCAUGGUGUUCGAGGAAGAACUUGAACUUGCGGUGGUGGUGACCCCUCUGAAGGUGAACGACCUGUGCUCCAGCUGGGAUGAGAGCCCACAUUAUCACAACAUCCGUCCCGUGCCCACCUUCACCCACCUGGACCAGGACGUCCUGAGGGCUGCACUCAGCGCACACCAGGAGAGCUACGACCACGAGGGCAUGGAAGGGGUGAUGGGCAGUAGGGUGGUGAAGAUGACCCUGGGGACAGGACUGCUCCCGGACGAGCCCUACCCUGCCGGCUGGAUGAUUGGGGUCAUUGUCGUGCUGUCCAUCCUGGGAGUCGGACUGGUCAUCGGAAUCGUGGUGGCCAUCAUGAAGCAUGCUAUCCCCAACAGCCUGCCCUACAGUAAUGAGUGGGACAUCGACAGCACCAGUACCAGUGAGACUGACAUCGGGGAGGCCUGGCCUAAUCCUAACGUAGUCGGGUCUUCUGACACCUAAGGAGCUGGUCACAUUUGUCGUAGGAUCGUCGUACGAGGAUAUUUCAAUUUAUUCAAUUUUUUUUCAAUUUAUUCAAUCAAGCAAAAUUGUAC